CGUUUAUAUUAUUAGUGACACUUUCAUUGGGUCAAAAAACACAAAAGAUGGGGGAAGGCGUAGUUGAGAGAGCUCUGAACAGCUUAGGAAAAGGCUUCGACUUGACCUCAGAUUUCAGGCUCAAAUUCUGCAAAGGCGAAGAGCGUUUGGUUCUUCUCAAUGAAACAGAGAGAAGAGAGCUAGCGGUGCCCGGUUUUGGACCUAUCAAAGAUGUAUCCGUUGACAUCAAAUGUGACAAAGGAGAUCGCACCCGCUAUCAAUCUGAUAUCCUCACCUUCACCCAAAUGUCAGACCUCUUCAAUCGUAAGAGUUCAAUCCCUGGGAAAAUCCCAUCUGGGUACUUCAACACCGUGUUUGGCUUUGAUGAGGCUUCAUGGGCAACUGAUGCAGCUAACACCAAGUGCUUGGGUCUUGAUGGCUAUUUUAUCAAACUUUUCAAUGUUCAUAUUGAUCGGUAUCCUCUUGUUCUGUCCAAACAAGUCCUUGAAGCUGUUCCUUCUUCCUGGGAUCCUCCGGCACUCGCAAGAUUCAUUGAGAAAUUCGGGACACACAUCCUUGUGGGGCUUAGCAUUGGUGGCAAAGAUUUAGUGCUAGUCAAGCAAGACGUGUCUUCCAACUUGGGGCAAUCAGAGCUCAAGAAGCACUUGGAUGAGCUUGGAAAUCAAUUAUUCACUGGCACGUGCAAUUUCCUUCCCAAAACCAAAGAGCAGAAACACAAGGUACCACAGGCUUUUGAUGUCUUUGGUCCGCAAAUCGUUGCCUUCAAUAGCUCUACUUCCGUUUGUGCAAAAGAUGGAAUUACUGUGAUAUGUGCAAAGAGGGGAGGGGAUACCCAAGUGAACAACCAUAGUGAAUGGCUUCUCACAGUUCCAAUAAAGCCAGAUGCUGUUGAUUUUACAUUCAUUCCCAUCACUUCUCUUCUUAAAGGUGCUCCUGGGAGGGGCUUCCUAUCCCAUGCCAUCAACCUCUAUCUCCGAUAUAAGCCUCCUAUGUCAGAUUUGCCUUAUUUUCUUGACUACCAAGCACACAAACUUUGGGCUCCCGUUCACAAUGAUCUUCCUCUGGGCCCAGUCACAAACAGAACUACCCUUUCUCCUUCUCUCAGUUUCAACUUGAUGGGUCCCAAGCUUUAUAUAAACACAGCAAAGGUAACAGUUGGUAAAAGGCCAAUCACAGGGAUGCGCUUGUUUCUUGAGGGGAUGAAAUGCAACAGGUUAGCCAUACACGUGCAACAUCUUUUAAACACCCCAUUAAUGCUUAACAACAAAAUAGAGGAUUCCCCAAUAUGGUCAGAAGAAAUCAUUGAUGAACGUUUCUUUGAAGCAAUCAAUGGGAAGAAAUUUUCCCAUGUAUGUACAGCACCAGUGAAAUACAAUCCUAGAUGGAGUUUUGAUAAAGAUGCGGCCUUUAUUGUCACAGGAGCGCAACUUCAUGUGAAGAAACAUGACUCAAGGAGUGUCCUUCAUCUGAGGUUGUUGUUCUCAAAGGUUUCUAAUUGUGUAGUUGUAAAAUCAAAUUGGACACAGGGCUCCUCUGGGUUAUCCCAGAGAUCUGGCAUUUUCUCAGCAAUAAGCACAUCAAUUUCGGGUAAUAAAGGCCAGAAAAAACCAGCUCUAGUAGUGUUGGAUUCAAGUGUGUAUCCAACAGGACCUCCUGUGCCUGUGCAAACUCAAAAGCUGUUGAAAUUUGUAGACACUUCACAGUUAUGUAAAGGCCCACAAGAUAGUCCUGGCCAUUGGUUGGUCACAGGAGCAAGAUUGGUGUUGGACAAGGGUAAGAUAUGUUUAUGGGCUAAGUUCUCUUUGUUAAAUACUGGUUCAUGACAUAUCAAUGCACAAGUUCAAAUGAAAAUUUGAAAAAGGGAUGAAUUUUUUUUCAAAUUAUACAUUUUUAUGUAAAUUAUCACAUAUAUAUCCCAACAAUGGAUAUGUCCUUGUCUACUUAAUAUUUCUAGUUAUCUGAUGUACCUAGUUAUAGGAUCAAUUGUUUCUUCCAUUUGUUUUGUAAGUAGCUUCCCACAAAAUCAAGGAUUUACAAUAUUGUAUUUAGAUUCCUUUAAGAGAAAGUGAAUGAAACUAUAGAGGACUCAUUUCCAUAUAUAUAUAUAUAUGCUUUCG